AUCUUGUACACACCACACCACCCUUUCGACUUAACCGAUUGCAUACAUACAACUCUCCUUCAUCAAAAUGGCACACGUCUGUCAGAAUUUGGACUCUUAUUCUUCAUACCGUGAUUCAAGGUCACCGUUAUCGUACGAAGAUCAACAACUUCAACUAUCUCGCUCGUCGACAGUCUACGUGGGGAACUUAUCAUUCUUUACGACCGAAGAACAAAUCUUUGAGCUAUUCUCCAAAGCCGCACUCAUCAAACGGAUCAUCAUGGGACUCGAUCGGAACUCUAAAACGCCCUGUGGAUUCUGCUUCGUCGAGUAUUAUCGACCAGAAGAUGCAUUGGCUUGUUUGAGAUACAUCUCCGGUACCAAGCUCGAUGAACGGGUGAUUCGUGCAGACCUGGACCCGGGCUAUCUGGAUGGCCGACAGUAUGGAAGGGGAAAGAGCGGUGGCCAGGUACGCGAUGAAUAUCGGGAAGAUUACGAUGUCGGACGAGGUGGGUGGGGGCACUUGAAACAAAAACAGGAAGAACGGCAGCGUCAGAUGAGGCAGGAUGAGAUGUAUCGUGACGACCAUGAUGGCGGUGGGAAUCGUGAGGUUCCCGAUGGGGCUGGUGAAGGGGGCCCUCGGUUUCGAGAAGACCAAGCAGAGGAAGACGCAGAUUGAACCGACCGUUUAUCUUCCUUCGUUCUGCUGUGUCAGCCGGAGGUCUUACGCGGCGUUCUUGCUCCCCCAGCCUGUGUCUUUCUUCGGAUAGAUUGUAUCAAAAAAAUAAAAGCUAUAUAUAUAUAUAUACUGUUAUAUAGUUCCCUCACAAGAAUACAAUAAAAUAAAUCGCAUUAAAUGAGAGAUGGAGGUUGGGUACCUCGGAGGCCUUCUUCUGCAGGAUAAGAUCUCUUGUGUACGUAACUUGAUUAUAUAUUACAAUUAUUCAACUUGAGCACAGCUCUCAAAGAAUAAUACAUCCUACAAAUA